AUGUUUAAACAUUUAGAAUCUGCUGAGCAUCCUAAUGGACAACCGAAUCUCCACGUUUUUGAUGUCGCCUCUGGGACGAUAGUUGAUUCGCGAAUUCACGUUCAAGCUGAAACAUGGCGUCCGCAAUGGUCUCUUGAUAGCCAACUAUGUGUUCGAAUGUGGCAAGGGGAGAUUCAGUUCUACACCAACAACCUCGCCGCUAGAUUUCACGUAACCAUGCUCAAUUCACGUUGUUUUUAUUUACCAUUGUACCGGCUAGAGGCGAAGCCAUCAAAGCGGUUAACCUUAAAGGGGAUGCGCCAUUGUUGUCUUUCCAAGUCUCCUAAAAACCGUCACCUAGCUGUCUACACGCCUGGUGAGAAAGGCUUGCCGUCUACCGUUUUUGUGUAUGCGUGGCAAAAUGGUGAGUGUGUCCCUGUGGCGAACAAGUCUUUCUUCCGCGCCGAUACGGUAUCGUUCCACUGGAGUUCUGUCGGGACAAGCCUCCUUGUUUUAACAUCCACAAAGACAAGUGAAACGAGUUAUUAUGGCGAACAAACGUUGCAUUUCUUGACCACGGUGAAAAGCGUGGACUCGGCCUCGGUUCCUAUGCCUCGCAAUGGUCCUAUUCACCAGGUCCUCUGGCGUCCUCAGAAUCCAAAUGGGCGUGCUUCAGAGGAACAAUUUGUUGUUUGUCAGGGGUCUUUGCCAUCCGCGGUGAUUGUGUUCAAUGUCAAGUGCGAGAAGAUUUUCUCUCUCGGAACGGGCCCUUGGAACCAAAUCUACUUCAAUCCUCAGGGUAACAUUCUCCUUGCUGGUGGAUUCGGUAGCUUGAAUGGAUCUGUGACUAUCUGGGACUACAAAAACCAACGACGGAUUUCAGAGUUUUCCGCGCCGAAUUCAACCUAUCUUUCCUGGCUCCCUGAUGGCGAACACAUCGUGACUGCCAUUACAACUCCACGUCUCCGAGUGGAUAACGGCUGGAUCCUUUGGCAUUUUUCGGGUCGGCCGGUGGCCCACGAAGCGGUUGAAAAGCGCGCGAAUCCGCGGCCUGCCACGGUAGAUUUGCCGGCAUCUACGGAACACGAGCUGUACCAGGUCCUUCUUCGUCCUCUCCUAUUCGAUCGCCUACCUCCUGCCCCCAUCCCCAGCAAAGGUGACAAUUCUGCUACUGACGCCAAGACUGCUUCACUGUUCCCGCCCGGGCAACUUGAAAAACCGAAGGUGUACGUUCCGCCGGCCCUGAGGAACCGCUCGGCAACGGCCACUCACGCAUCCAAUGUCGCGUCCGGUCUACCUGGUCGGGACCUCAAGUCGAAUGCCCACAUCACCUUCACAAACUCCAGUGGUCCCAUCGGCGGCCUGGUUGUUGAAAGCAGUGCCAAAAGCCAAAGUGGUGGGAAAAAGAAAAAGGGUGGCGAUCACAAACAAAGCGAGGAAUCGAAACCAAGUGCAAAUCAGAAGCAAAUUAAUUACCUGAAAAAGAAACUGAAUGAAAUUGAGAAACUGAAAGUCCUUCAACAGACUACCAAAUUAGAAAACACGCAGUUAGAGAAGAUGGCGAGGGAAAAUGACUUAAGAAAGGAGCUAGAACAAUUGCAGUUAUGUAAAUAG